CGGGGGGAGGGGGCGAGGCGCGCCCUUGUUUCUUGCUGCUGUUGUGGAGCGAGCAAGACGCAGAUUUCUCUUUCCUGAAAGUAGCAAGCCGGUGAUCGCCUGAAACAAAGUCGCAGCCAUGCGGGAGAUCGUGCACAUGCAAGCCGGCCAGUGCGGGAAUCAGAUUGGAGCCAAGUUCUGGGAGGUCAUCAGCGAUGAGCAUGGCAUUGACCCGACAGGCAGCUACCAUGGAGACAGCGACUUGCAGCUUGAGAGGAUCAACGUUUACUACAAUGAAGCUGCUGGCAACAAGUAUGUCCCCCGUGCCGUCCUUGUGGAUUUGGAGCCUGGCACAAUGGAUUCUGUCCGGUCUGGACCAUUCGGCCAGAUCUUUCGACCUGACAAUUUUGUCUUUGGCCAGAGCGGUGCUGGGAACAACUGGGCCAAGGGCCACUACACAGAGGGAGCUGAGCUGGUGGACUCUGUGCUGGAUGUGGUAAGGAAGGAAUCAGAGAGCUGUGACUGCUUGCAGGGCUUCCAGUUGACCCAUUCCCUGGGCGGUGGCACGGGCUCCGGGAUGGGAACACUCCUCAUCAGCAAGAUUCGGGAGGAGUAUCCAGACCGGAUCAUGAAUACGUUCAGCGUGAUGCCGUCCCCUAAGGUGUCGGACACGGUGGUGGAGCCCUACAAUGCCACACUGUCCGUCCACCAGCUAGUGGAGAACACGGAUGAAACCUUCUGUAUUGACAAUGAAGCCUUGUACGAUAUCUGCUUCCGCACACUCAAACUCACAACUCCGACGUACGGGGACCUCAACCACUUGGUGUCGGCCACCAUGAGCGGUGUCACCACCUGCCUGCGCUUCCCUGGCCAACUGAAUGCCGACCUCCGCAAGCUGGCGGUCAACAUGGUGCCAUUCCCUCGCCUGCACUUCUUCAUGCCGGGCUUUGCUCCCCUCACGAGCCGCGGAAGCCAGCAGUACCGGGCCGUGUCGGUGCCAGAGCUGACCCAGCAAUUGUUUGAUUCGAAGAACAUGAUGGCGGCCUGCGACCCGCGCCACGGGCGCUACCUGACGGUGGCGGCCAUUUUCCGGGGCAGAAUGUCCAUGAAGGAAGUGGACGAGCAGAUGCUCAACGUCCAGAACAAGAACUCCUCCUACUUCGUGGAGUGGAUCCCCAACAACGUCAAGACGGCCGUGUGCGACAUCCCUCCGCGAGGCCUCAAGAUGUCCGCCACCUUCAUUGGCAACAGCACGGCCAUCCAGGAGCUCUUCAAGAGGAUCUCCGAGCAGUUCACAGCCAUGUUCCGCCGCAAGGCCUUCCUGCACUGGUACACCGGAGAGGGCAUGGAUGAGAUGGAGUUCACCGAGGCCGAGAGCAACAUGAAUGACCUGGUCUCCGAAUACCAGCAAUACCAAGACGCCACAGCGGAUGAGCAGGGAGAGUUUGAAGAGGAAGGCGAGGAAGAUGAGGCUUAGGAUCGUGGGGGUUUCGUGUAGUAUUUUGGGGUACAGUCGGUUUAGCUCUUCUGAUGCAUGCUUUUUCAGUUCAACUUGGUGCUUUCACUGUUGAAUUCCCUCGUUGCCCAAACCAUUUGAAGGACGCUCUACAGAAUUCUAGAAGUGUAUGCUCAGCUAAUUUUGGAUAUUCCCUGCCUUCAAAAAAAUGUCAUUGUAUUGCCACAAUACACAGUAUAGAAAUUUGCAACCUGAAUUGUGUGUUAGAUGUUCGACUGUUUAAAUUUUAAUUGCAACAUUUGCUGCUGUUGCACUGCGUACCGCAAAGGGGUACUUAAAUCAUAACUGAAUCAUGGGAGAACUUUUUCUUUAGAGGGAGGACUUUGCCACUGAGUUGUACCGUUUAUCGUCGGUUCUGUAGUUAGAUUAUAAUGGGGUAUUAUUUCCGCAAUGAUGUAUGUCCCAUGUUCCCUAUAAAGGAAAACAAGCUGGCUUUUAAACCUUUCCAUUUUAAGAGAAUAAAAAGCUUGAUGAUGAGGGGGCAUGGAAGCAGCAAGUAGACUGCAAAUAGAGCAGUGAUCAAGUACGUUUUUUGUGGCAUUUUUGUGUAAACAUUAAGAAUUUGUCAUGAACGCAAACUGUUCCAUGGUUUUUGUGUGGUGUUAAAUAUUGAGGACUCUAUAAAGGCAUGUGUUCUGAAUAAUGACUCCGUUUUCUUCAAGACAGAUCAUAUUGUACAUCUAUUAAAACUAAUGUACUUCCCUAA